UUAACUUUUUCCCGUAUUUUAUUAAAAAUAUUGACAUCUAGAAGCUUUUCUAAUCCUCAUAUCCGGGUGUAGGACGUUUUUUAUUUAUUUAUAAUUUUUUGUAUUAUGCCUUAUAUUUUAACCGUGUACGUUCCACAGCUGAUGUUUUGUAGGUAGUUUGAAUAAACUUUAUUUUACCAUAGGCAAUAAGUUUAGUAGUGAUUUUAUUGUCGGUAACUUGAUAUGUUUAAAAUAAUAAUUGUUGCUUACAUCAUUUAAAUUUUUAAACAACUUAUUUAAGUAAUAAAAUAAUUCUUUUACAUAUGCGAAUAAGGAAGCAGUGUUUACUUGAGUAUACACAUUGAAAGCUGAUUUAGUGAGAAUUAUAAGAGUUAAAGCGGCCAUAGCCUAGUUGGGUGUGGAACGGACUGCUGAGACAAUAUCCGCAGGUUCAAAACCCAAACACACCUCUGACUUUUCUAAAAUUAUGUGCCAGAUGGACUCUCAAUCCAAGUAUGCUGGGAGUGCCUUGCAGAUGUGAGGUCGGUGUUGAGGUUUCAAGCGAGGAUCCUGCGUUCCUUCGAGUUCCUGAUUAACUAUUCUCAUGAGAAUACAUUCCUCAACUGCCCUGAAGAUUUCACAGAGUAUUCGUCAACAAGACUGACCACAUCGCCUAUGGAGGUGCACUCCAUGCUGAAGGAUGAGGAAGAACUGAUCGAAGUUAAGGUGGAAGAUGAUCUGAAGUAUGAGCCUUUUGAAAGUUCUUCAUUAAAAGAAGAGAAAGACUACACACAAGAUGACUUCUCGGAAGACUUGCCUUCGCAAGAAGUGGACGCGUCCUCAGAAGACGAUAUACAACUGUCCAAACUCAAAAAAAAGAAAGAGAAGAGAGAGAAGAAGAGUAAGAAAGACCGAAAGAAGAAGGAGAAGCACAAACCAGAAGAACUGCAACUGAAAGCCAGCAGGAAGCUGAAGAACCUCCCCGAGGACCUCGUGGAGCUAUACAGCAUGAGCGAGGAGGAGAUGUGGGCAGUGAGAGCCUCGGACGUGGCGAGUGCGGACUUCACUAACUUGCGGUACAAAUGUACUGAUUGUAUACUGGGUUUCAAUACUGAGAAGCUAAUGGCGGAUCAUUUCAACGGGAAGCAUAGAGUGAAAGGCGACGUGUGCCACCAGUGUAACAUCUGCAAGGCGUACUUCCUGACCAAAGACAAUUUGUCUGUGCAUAGAUCGCUUCAUCUAACGGCUUAUAGGUGUAAGCAGUGCGGCGCGAAGACGUCCCUGAAGCGGCUGAUGCUGAAGCACGUGAGCUCGCACCGGCGCGACGCCGACGAGUACAAGUGCAGCACCUGCGGGGGAGAGUUCAGCACGAAGUCUAAGCUGACGUACCACAAAGGCGUUUGCCAUCAAGAGAAACCUCAAUGCGACUGCUGUGGCAAGGUGUUCGCCAAUAAGAUGACUCUCAAAUAUCAUUUGAAAAUUCUCCCUCAAAACAAAGACGAUAAGCCUAAAGAGAAGUUACAUAUACCUUGCAAGGGGUGUAACAAAGUGUUCCACUCGAAGAAGAGUUACCGAGCUCAUGUGGUGAUCCAUGACGGCCUCACGUACCCGUGUCCGACGUGCGGCAAGCUUUUCCAGUGGAAGCGGAACUUGGCGAGACACGCGAGGAACCACAGGGAAAGGGAAGCCGGGGCGCUGCACGAGUGCAAGGACUGCGGCAAGACGUUCGCCAGCCGAGACUGUUACGCGAACCAUCUGAGGCUCAGCAAGCGGCAUGCGGCGGAGGAUAGCUAUGCCCACGAGUGUAACUACUGCGGUAAGAAGUUCCCCACCAAGUGGUGUAUGGUGGACCACAUAGACUGGGACCAUUUGAAGCGGAUAAAAUACCAGUGCAGCGUGUGUUUCAAGCCUUUCAAAACGGCCAAGAUAAUGGUGGCGCAUGUGAACAACAUACACGAGGGAAAGAAGAGGGAGCAGGAAGGCGAACACCUCUGCGAGAUCUGCGGCAAAUCAUAUAAGACGGUGAAACGCCUCAAGGGCCACGUAUGGGCGAUGCACACAAAACGAUCCACAACUAAGAGCUUUAAGUGCAAGCUGUGUCCGGCGACUUUCACCUGGCAGACGUCGAUAUACAAACACGUCAAGAUCAUGCACGACAGCGGCAAGCGGAAGCAACAAGCCCGCCCCCCUCCAGUGAAGAAGGAGGAAUACCCAGUGCGCCUCGAGUUGGCAAACGUGCAGUACUUCCAGCAGAACAUAGCCAACAACCUCAUGCAGAACAUAGUGCAGUCAGUUCAUGUGCAGCACGCUGGCGUGAUGCAGAAUCUCGUGUGAGAUGUGUCUAUUUUACCACCAAGCAUAAGCAGAGGUUUAGAAGCAAUGUAGAGCAGUGUUUCCCAACCUUUUUUAAACCCACCAUAAUUUUUAACCUUUAAAAAUUCUUUUGUUUCCUAAAGAAAUGUAAAUUAGUUUAAGGAAGAAAUCACUAUGAAAUUGUUAACAAAACUUCAUGGAAAACUGAAAAUUCUGUUUAAAUUGUCCCUCUUAACUAUCAAAUUGCCCCCCUGUGGGACGUGGGCCCCACGUUGGGAAACACUCAUGUAGAGUAAGACGGGUAAUUUGAAAUUUGCGUAGUAUAUAGCAAGGCUGUCCUAUAUUGGAAGUGGUCACUAAUUUUGCAUCCAAGUCAGCCUGCGGGUCAGAUAUGAGUGGAUACAUUUAUUAUCAUAAUAGUGUAAAAUCAUUGACGUAUAUUCUAUAGAGACGAACGUCCUUAAUAAUUUGUUUAAAAUCUGAACUAAAAUGGCAAAACGUCACUGUUAUAACAUAUUUAUUUAUUUGAACAAAUAAUUUUACUUAUUUCACUAAUAUUUUACACUAGACUCGAGUUCUUAUAUCAUGAGCGUCACUCCGUACACAACAAGCUGUCAAUAUUGACCAUACUAAUCAGUUUGAAUGGAUUGCAGUUCAAUUCGGUUGAACACAGUUUAUUUUCGGAACGCCAAAUCUAGUACGUAGUACAUAUAUAUCGAUGACAGUCUACAUUAGCAACACUGGAGUAAUACUGAAUCUUAUUUUUUUUUUUUUAUUAUUAAACAAAAGGCAUAACACAGAACACAAUCAUUAUAAAGAAAUCUUAAGCACUAAAUUACAUUAAGACUAGAUUGUAUUCCUUAAACCUAUGCCCUAAUUGAAAUUAUACUACGGAAUCGACUCUACAAAAAAACAAUAAACAAUUAACAAAAUAAACAUCUGCUUAUACUUAAUCUGGCGAGAUGAGGUCUAUUCCUACCAUUAAGCUAUAUUGUAUAGUUUAAAGGACUUUACUGGGCAUUAUAAUAAGACAUGGCAAUUUUAGUGGAGAAAUGUGUCAUUAAAAAAAGAUUUGAAAUAUACAAUCUCAUUUAGUUUUAUAUUUAAGAAUGAAGUCUGUAUAUACACACACACACUAAGAUCUGUAAUAUUUAACCUACUUUUAUACAAUAUAUUAUGAGAUGAAAA